UCUCUUUACUGAACAAAGAAUAAUGCAACUUUUCCUUUUUUCUUUAUGAUGAUGUUUUCUUUUUUCCUUGGAUUCUUUUCCUACCAAUUUGCUUUUGAAUAUGACAGACCUCUUCUUUGAUGUCUUUUAAACUUGUAAAUGCUUGUAAAUUUUUUUAAAUUUGGGCCCACUUAAUAUGCUAACACUGUCAAAUAAUGACUGCAUAAUUUGCUUUACCACCUUUAAGUUGACAGGACUGCAUAGUUUAUGAUCUCUGCUUCCCUGAUACGUGUUCAGCUCACUAUGUUGCAUCGUUUUCUAUAGCUGAAUCAGGAAGGCAGCAGAAACUACUCAAGUCUGACAGGCGUUAUUGCCUAAUCUUCGUACUGAACAAAUCUCCAUGAAGUUCCAGCCCUUCAUUUCCUUGCUUUUCCUUCUAUUGUCUCUGCAUAAAUUUCCUGAGGUUGUGGCGGACCUGAAUUCUGACAGUCAAGCCCUCCUUGACUUUGCUGCUGCUGUCCAACAUGCUCGAAAACUGAACUGGAAUGCAACUAUCCCAGUUUGCACGUCUUGGGUUGGCAUAACUUGCAAUUUAAAAAAAUCCGGUGUUAUUGCCAUCCAUCUCCCAGGUAUUGGACUUUCUGGCCCCAUUCCGAUCAAUACCAUAGGAAAGCUUAAUGCUCUCACGAUCCUCAGCCUUCGAUCCAACAACCUCAAUGGAAAUCUUCCUUCUGAUAUCCCCUCCAUUCCUUCCCUCCGUUGCCUAUUCCUCCAACACAACAACUUCUCUAGUGUCUUCCCCACCUCUCUUUCCCCCCGGUUGAGUGUACUAGAUUUCUCCUACAAUUCAUUCACUGGAACCAUUCCAACUACAAUUCAGAGUCUCACACGGCUCAAAAUUCUGAACCUCCAGAACAACUCCAUAUCCGGAGCCAUUCCCAAUCUCAAUCUCCCAAGUCUCCAAGUUUUAAAUUUCAGCUAUAAUAACUUGAGUGGAUCUAUUCCAAAUUCCCUCCAAAGAUUUCCUUCUUCUUCAUUUUUUGGGAAUCCGUUGUUAUGUGGUUCGCCUGUAAAGCUUUGCUCCACAGUCUCCUCUUCACCUUCUCCUUUUCCCUCUUACUUUCCAAGCCCACCAACAGUUUCUCAAAGUCGACAUGCUACUUCAAAAAACAAACUAGGUGCUGGCGCCAUCAUUGCAAUAGUAAUUGGGGGCUUAGCAUUUCUGCUUCUACUGCUAGUAGUGAUCUUUAUACGCUGUUUGAAGAGGACAGAAAGUGGGGGCAGUGGCUUGCUGAACAGAAAAAUCUCUGCAGCUGGAAAGAGUGAGAAGCCUAAUGAUUUUGGAAGUGGAGUACAGGAAGCUGAAAAGAACAAAUUGUUCUUUUUUGAAGGAUGUUCUUACAACUUUGAUCUUGAGGAUUUGUUGAAGGCUUCAGCUGAAGUUCUUGGCAAGGGGAGUUAUGGAACGACAUAUAAAGCUGCAUUGGAGGAGGGGACACAAGUGGUAGUGAAAAGAUUGAAGGAAGUUGCAGUUGGGAAAAGGGAAUUUGACCAGCAAAUGGAAGUUCUUGGGAGGGUUGGACGACAUCCAAAUGUUGUGCGACUUCGUGCCUAUUACUAUUCAAAGGAUGAGAAGCUGUUAGUUUACAACUACAUGCCAGCCGGUAGCUUGUUCUCGCUCCUGCAUGGAAACAGGAGUACAGGGAGAACUCCACUGGACUGGGAUUCAAGAAUGAAGAUUGCCCUGGGAACCGCUAGAGGAAUUGCGCACGUUCAUACCGAGGAUGGUGGUAAAUGCACCCAUGGCAACAUCAAGUCCUUGAAUGUCCUCCUCAGCGAUGAACUUGAGGCUUGUGUCUCUGAUGUUGGCUUGGCUCCUCUGAUGAAUGCACCUGUAACCAUGUCUCGUAUCGUUGGAUACCGUGCUCCAGAGGUGAUUGAAACACGCAAAGUAAAUCAAAAGUCUGAUGUUUACAGCUUUGGUGUGCUCCUCCUGGAAAUGCUGACUGCGAAAGCUCCCCUCCAGCCUUCAGGACAUGAUGGUGUGGUCGAUCUUCCGAGAUGGGUCCGUUCUAUUGUGAGGGAGGAAUGGACAGCUGAAGUCUUUGAUGUGGAGCUGUUGAGAUUCCAACAUUUCCAAGAGGAAAUGUUACGGAUGCUUCAGAUUGCGCUAGCAUGCGUGGCGAAAACACCAGAAAAGCGUCCAAAAAUGGAUGAAACCGUUAGAAUGAUAGAGGACAUACGACAAUCUGAAUCCAAGAACCGGACAUCCUUAGAGGCAGAAUCAAUCAUCCAAACACCCUGAUUUGCAACAAAACUUCUGCUCAUGGAACUCAAAUAUUCGAUUCUCUAGUCUUUCUGGGAGAGCUUCUUCUUUUUUCCUCAUUUGUUGGGGAAUAACUAUUUCCAAAUUGCCAUGGAUUUGACUUACAAGCUUCAAUCAAUGCUCUGAACCCAUGAAUCUAUGAUCUUUUGAUGAAAGUGUCAUCCUCAAUCAACUAUAAAUGUUUCCAUCAUUGCAAUACAGGAUAAUAUGACCAAAAACUUAUUAAUAUGGAAAAGUGAUGUCUAUGAUCAAGAAAAAUAGACAUUUUUGAACUUCCAUGCCAUAUUUAGUAGUUAGUUACAAGAUUUCCUUAUAACAAAUGAUAACUAACAAACUCAUUCUGUCAAAAAUGGAACAUGAAAAGGCAAAGACUCGGGAGUUAGAGAUAGACAUAAUCCAUCAAAAGAUGGCACCUCAAAUCCUAUAUUCUCGGUUCACAUCCUUUGGUUCUUCUAUUUUUCGUUCCUCCAAUUUUUUUUCUUUUUUUUCCCCCUAUUUUCCCUUGGCGGCAUGGAGGGCUGUCAUGACAGGGUUUCAUUGAAAAUGCUUUGAUUGCAAAGAAUAUCAUAUCCAAAGGAUCCCAAGGUAAAAGUUUUUGGUCAUUUAUUAUUCUUAAUACAAUGAUAAUCAACUUUGCUGCAAAUUUUUGUUUGUAUUAUAUUUAUAAAGAUUUCGUGCAAAACAUUUUAUUUUCCUUCCUUCGCUAUCCUUAAAUCUCUGUUGAAGAAUGAAACUGAAAAGAGAAGGAUUAGCAGCUCCCGUUUACAUUAGGCUAUUAAGGUAGCACAUUGAA